AUGUCGUACUCCUCUCUCGAUAUUCCCGCUUCUGGGGCGCAGCCAUUUACAGACUAUACUCGUUGGCGUCUUCGCUGUUCCGACGACGGUCGGCAUAUCUGGCAUUACCUCCAUACAGACGAAGAGUGCAAGGACUGGCCGCAGUCUGACAUUGACAAGUACUGGCUGGGUCUCCCGCUGAGCACGCCUGCGCUUCCGACGCCCAAAGAUGCACUCGGGGCUGCUCGCAACGGGUACACCUUCUACAAACGUCUCCAGGAUGCCGACGGACACUGGCCAGGCGAGUAUGGAGGCCCUAUGUUCCUGCUCCCUGGGCUAGUCAUUGGCUCGUACAUAACAGGGAUGGGCUUCACUCACGAGGAGCGGUUGGAGAUGAUACGGUAUCUCAUCAACCUUGCGCAUCCUGACGACGGUGGUUGGGGCUUACAUAUUGAAGGCGAGUCCACCGCUUUCGGUACGGCGCUGAACUAUUGCGUGAUGCGCAUUCUCGGCGUAUCACCCGAACAUCCGACCUUGGUCAAAGCUAGAGCGACACUGCACAAACUUGGUGGUGCAACGGGCGUCCCUUCAUGGGGCAAAUUCUGGCUAGCGGUUCUGAAUGUGUAUGACUGGGAUGGUAACAAUCCCAUUCCCCCGGAGCUAUGGCUAUUUCCGGACUUUGUUCCGUUCCACCCUCACAAAUGGUGGAUCCAUACGCGGACUGUCUAUAUACCCAUGGCGUACCUCUAUGCGCUGCGCUUCAAAAUGGAGGAGAACGACUUGAUUUUGUCUCUCCGCCAGGAACUAUACCCCACAGACUACUACAAGAUCGACUGGCCGGCGCAGCGGAAUAAUGUCUGCCCCGUCGACCUCUAUUGUCCACACUCCCGCCUCUUCGAUGCGGCUUACUCGAUCCUCUCCGUAUACGAGGCCUGUGCGGUUCCGCCGCUCCGUCGACUGGCUAUGCAAAAGUGCUACCAACUCAUCGUCCAGGAGGACGAGAACACGGGAUACCAGACUCUGGGUCCGGUAUCCAAGAUGAUGAACCUCGUUGUACGCUGGCUCGUUGACGGUCCGGAAAGCGACGCGUACAAGCGACAUCGCGAGACGCGUGCAGAUUUCUUGUGGAUCGGCGGCGAGGGCAUGCGCAUGUGCGGCACGAACGGUUCACAGCUGUGGGACAUAGCAUUCAUCACGCAGGCGCUCGUCGAGACUGGGCUCGGACACGAGGAAGAAAACAAGGAGAGCCUCAUACGCGCGCUCGGGUGGCUCGACCAAUGCCAGAUACAGCAAAAUCCAAAGCACUUUGAGGUAUCAUACCGACACGCAACAAAGGGCGCGUGGCCGUUCAGCACGAGGACGCAGGGAUACACUGUAAGUGACUGUACAGGAGAAGGCCUCAAGGCCGUCCUCUACAUUCAAGAGCAUCUCGACUUCGCGCCCAAGCUAGUGUCAGAAAAGCGAAUGUGCGAUAGCGUCGAUCUCUUGCUUGGGAUGCAGAACGCGAAUGGGGGGUUUGCAAGCUAUGAGCUCAUCCGGGGUCCUUCGUGGUUAGAGAUGUUGAAUCCUGCAGAAGUGUUCGGGGACAUCAUGAUUGAACAUAGUUAUCCAGAAUGCACGACCUCGGUCAUCACAGCCCUGUCUAUCUUCCGGAAACACUAUCCGCAGUACCGCUCUGCGGAUAUACAGCGCGUCAUCGACCGUGCGGUUGAUUACCUCCACCGGGCGCAGACGCCCGAGGGUGGUUGGAUUGGUUCAUGGGGCAUUUGCUUUACUUACGCUGCGCAAUUCGCUUGCGAGAGUCUCGCACUUGUGGGCGAGACAUACGAGACUAGUCUUUACGCACGGAAGGCGUGUGAGUUACUUCUGCGGCACCAAAGGGCAGAUGGUGGUUGGGGAGAAAGUUACAAGUCGUGUGAGACAAGCACCUGGGUUGAACAUGAGCGGACGCAGACAAUUCAAACAUGCUGGGCAACAAUGGCUCUCAUUUAUGCUCGUUACCCCAAGGCAGAUCCCAUCGAGCGCGCUGUGCGUCUUGUGAUGUCGCGUCAACAUCCGGAUGGUUCGUGGCCUCAGGAGGCUAUGGAAGGCAUUUUUAACAAGAGCGUCACAAUCGCAUAUCCGAACUUCAAGUUCUCCUUUACGAUUUGGAUGCUUGGACGUGCGCAUCGGUACCUCGCUGAGUUGAAAAUCCAAAAGACCUGAGAGCGCGGUACCGCGCGAGCGUGCCUAGACCCAUAUCUCGCCAUGAUGCUAUACAUUGCAUAGGUUUCACAUGUCUGCGAGCAUCCUACCGUCUCAUCUGAGACCUUGUAUAUGGACAAAACUUUCGGAGGCGGGCAGACGAUAACAGGAUUUCUAC